UGGGAAGGUGUCUAUUUCUAUCUGCGUCAUGGAGCAUCGGCGGGAGGUCGCUUCCUCGGAGCUCGAGCGGAGCAACACGCGGGGCACCGAUCUCUCGACGCCCGACUCGCGUCACUCGGACGACGGACUCGGCGACGACCGGCGCGACUGGGUGCACGACCCGGUGCCGCACCUCGGGUUCACGUACAAGGGCGACACCUUUUACCAGCGCGGGCUCUACACGGAAGCGCUGUUGUACCUUUCGCGGCUGCCGCGCCGAAAUCUAAAGUCGCUCGCGCCGUCCAUCUCGGAGCCCUCGCUCUCGGCCCGUCGCCAGUCGACGCCGUCCAAGUCCAAGCGAAAAGUGGGCAUGGCCAAGCUCACGCCCGUGCGCCAUGCGGACGAGUCGAUCUUGCUCGCCGACGUGGGUGGCGGCGGUGGCCGCGAGCAAAAGCUCAACCGCAAGCGGCAGUGCGCGGCCGCGAUCGACGCCAUGGCCGCCAACCCCGUGCUGCACCCAAACCUCUUUCACGACAAUGUGAUCCCGAGCCUCCUCGCGCUGAGCCGGACAAAGGACCUCGCGACGUCCCGGGCGUGUGUCUCGGCCAUGUGCCACCUCAGCGCCAGUGCCAAAGGCCGUGAGCUCAUGCUCCAGAACGGGUGUCUCUCGCUGUUGCAGUCGAUUUUGUCGAUCUCGUCCGACGAGAUGCUCGUGUACAACGUCUUGGCGACCGCCGCCAACCUCAGCAUCGAAGACAGCUUCGAGUCCAUGUUUGUCAAGGAAAAGACGCUCGAGAGCAUCCUCGCCCAGCGCAAAACAGGCGAAAAGCUCGAGCGCCUCUGCUCGUUUACGCUUUUUAACUUGAGCUGCCCCACGUACACGUAUCCCCGCAUCACCGACGUCAUUCGCGCGUUGGUUGAGCACGGGCGCGUGUGCCGCGACCGACUCCUCCUCAGCCAAGCCCUCUACAACCUCUGCGUCACCAAGUCGAACCGCGUCAAAGUGAUUGCGUUCCCGGAUGUCUUUGAGAUCCUCAACCGGUUAGUCUUGUCCGCGACCGAUGCGGCUGUGCGCUCGACGGCGCUGAGCUGCGUGCACUGCCUCGCCGAGACUGAGAGCUGUCGAAAACCCCUCAUCGUCAACGGCACCGUGCGGGCCGCCGUGACCGUGCUCCGGUCGACAACCGACCCGGACGACCUCCAUUGCCUCUUUUCGAUCUUGGAUCUAUUAGCGCUCGAGAGCUUGGGCUGCGAAGAAAUGGCCAACGUUGGCGCGCUGAGCUCGCUCGCGCAGCUCUCGCAUCUCAUCUCGGACCCGUCGCUGCAGACAAGUGUAUACAAGACAAUCUCGCAGCUCGUGGCGCGCCAAGCCAACUUUGCGCACGUGGACGCGGCCUUUUUCGAGUUUCUGAUCGCGUACAGCCACACGCAAGCGCGGACCGAGAAGCACAUUUCGCACUACGUUCUCCACGCGCUCGGGUGCGUCGUCGGCUGGCACAGCAGCUUGGACGUCGGCGACUUUGUCGAGGCGCCCAUGUACUUUACCAAGCUCCUGUACCAUGUGCUGUACGCGCUCUUUGAAGAGCAGAGCGUCGAAGAGUACCUCCAAGCCGUGCUGUUGUACAACAUGAGCUUCAACUUUGACGCGCUCGACCUCGCGCACGAAGCCAUGCACCGGCUGCUGUACUUUGGCCUCCAAAGCCCCCGUGACGACGUCCACGCGCUCGCUUGCGGCACGCUCUUCAACCUCUGCGCCGAGCCGCGCUUGCACUCGCGCAUCUACGAGAGCGGUGUCCUCGAAGUGCUCGUGCGGCUCUUGCCCAAACCGAGCAGUACCUGCAUGUGUCUUGAGAUCCUCUGCGUCCUCUUUGACCGCCAGCAGUUGUCGCCCGAGGCGUACGUGGCGCUCAUCGACGCUACGUUUGGCGCGAUCGUCAAGCUCUGCGACCGCGGCGACGCUGCGGUCAACGCGGGUUGUGCAGCGUGCUUUGCGCGCUUUGGCUUGAUUGCACCGUGCCGCAUUCGUAUGGUGCAGAACGGGCUCAUUGCAGCGCUCUCGCUGCUCGCGAGCGAUGACAAUCCCGAGACGCUCCAGCUCUGCGUGAGCUCCUACUCGCAUCUGAGCUGCGACCCGAGCAUUUGCCGCGAGCUCAUCGAGAAGGGCAUUGUGCACUCGCUCUCGAGCUUGGCCGCGGCGCCCGAAGAGGAAGUGCGACGCGCUUGCGCGAUCGCGUUUUGCAAUCUCUCGACAAGCGAAGACAACAUUGUGACGCUUGUCAAGCACGGCGCGCUCAAAGCGCUGCUCGUCAUCUCGUGCGUCAAGUCGAACGACGCGAUCACACGCCGCAUGUGCAUGAAGGCGGUCAUGAACCUGAUGCGCUCCGAAGUCAACAUUCCCGUUAUGUGCCAAGAUGGGCUUCCGUGGGCGUUUACGAUUUUCGCCAUGUCGUCCGAGCCACAGGACUUUUCGCUCUUGGCCGACGCGUUCUGCGGUCUCUCGUACUACAAGGAGUCGCGCCGCGGGCUCGCCAAGGCGUCGACGCUGCAGUGCUUUCUCGGGAUUCUCCAGCGCAUUUACGAUCUCCCAUGUGGCAUCACGAUGCUGCAAGGCAUUUUAAACCUCCUCACCGACAUUGAUGUGGCGGGACCGCUGCUGCACGCGGGGCUCCUCAGCGCUCUCGACCACCUCACGAAGACGACGCGGGAAGACCAAAUGCAUCUCGUGGCGCAAAUCCUCACCGUCACGUUUCAAUGGUCCCACGACGUGCGCGUCAAGUUUCUCGAUGAUACUGUCUACCGCAUGCUCGACGUUCUUUUGCACGCCAACGACGUCAAAACCAAGCACUGCUGCGCCAUCUUGCUCCACAUUUGCUCGCUCGACGACGCAACCGUCCACGGGCUUCUCCUCAGCGACACGCUGCUGCCAACGAUGCUCGAUACGAUCCGAGAAGGUCCGUGCGUCGACGUCAUGCUGCUGCUCAUGCGGACGUUGUACAACAUUUCGUGCCGCGACGCGUUGCUCGUGCACAUGUGUCAGGGCGGCCUCGUGACGGCGAUCGCGUCGAUCGUCGCGUCGCAGGAAGAGGCGCCGAUCUCGAUCGCCAUGUGUGCCGCGAUCAUGCGCAACUUGAGCUGCGAAGCCGCGUGCCACGCGCAGCUCGUCAACGCCCACGCGACGUCGCUCUUGGUCGCGAUCUUCACGACGCGGAGUGUGACCAAAGUGGCGCGGGAAGACGCGGCGAUUGGCAUCUGCAACCUCCUCCUCGGCCGCGUCAACUCGUCCAUCAUGCUCGGGCAGGGCGCGCUGGCGCCGAUUCUAUGGCUCUCGAGCCACGCGGGCAUGGAGAGCAACGUGCUCUGUUCGGCUGUGCUACGCAAGCUCGCCAUGCCACCGGGCAACAUCCAGCAGCUCGUCGACGAAGGCGCGGUGCCGUGCAUUGCGUCGCUCUUGGCGACGACGACCAACUUGUACAUCAAGCGCAACUGCAUCGCCAGCUUUUGCCUCCUGGCGCGCAAGCUCAGCGUCAAGCCGCUACUCGCGACAAAUGGUGUCAUUUCGCUGACGCUGGACCUCCUCGACGACCUCAAGCGCGUGAGCGACCACAGUGGUAAGGCGCCAAUGGUGCUCAGCAUCGAACGCAUGAGUGUCGACUUGGUCACGACGCUGGCCGAAUUUGUCCGACCAGACGUACCGGGCGAGACACACGUGACGUCGACGCUCCUCACCUUGCUCGACGGCGACGAUGCGAGCGGCGGCUGCGAGUGGGAACAAGACCGGGACUUUUUGCUGCGCCACGAAGCCGGGCCGCUUCCGCUUGCGCGACCGUCGAACGCGCGCCAGCUCAAGACCGUCGACGUGCCGACGCUGCAGACAGGGUUGUACCCGGUGACGGCGCCGGGUUUCUCGGAGAGCUUUACGCUUGUCAACGCCGAGCGCGAGCGCAAAGCGAUCUCGCCGCGGAUUCCGACGCUGGCCGAUGCCUACAAGUCGGGCUCGGAGCAGCUCGACGAGUCAAUCGGGCACCUCAAGAAGCUGCUGCUCCCACCGACGACGACGACGGCGGCGGCGCGCUCAGCCGGCUGGAAAAAAGUUGCGUUGAUCGAGUUUGCUUCGCGGAAAAUGUUCUCGAAGCUCCGGUCGACGUUUGCGCCCAUGGCACCGCCGGUGCCGCUUGUUGUCGCGCACACCGAGUGGCUCGAGAGCGGUCGACCGAAGAGCGACGUGACGGUCGUCGCGUCAUCUUACGCCGUGUCGCAGCACACGAUUGCGGCGUCGCCGAUGCGGACUACGCCCGCGUCAGGUCGACGACGCGUUCUUUCGCCCGUGCACCAUGCCGCCUCUCCCGAGGGUAGUGAUGGCGUUCGUUAAGCUUCAAGGCAUUGGUCGAGUCCUGCGU